AUGGAGCAAAAAAAUGAAGCGUUAAAAUGUGUGGUUGUUGGAGACGGAGGGGUGGGGAAGACUAGUAUGUUGUUAAAAUAUGUUAACGGUAAAUUUCUGGAUGGUUAUUUACCAACUUGUUUCGAUAACUAUAAUGCUUUAGUUGAUGUUGAAGGAAGUCAGAUUAAUCUAAAUUUGAUUGAUACAGCAGGACAGGAAACCUAUGAUAGAUUACGGACAUUGUCUUAUUAUGAUACGGAUGUGUUUAUUGUGUGUUUCUCUUUAGUGGAUCCGGACUCAUUUAUUAACGUAAAAACAAGAUGGUUGCCAGAACUCAAAGAAUUUAAACCAGGAACCCCUUUAAUUCUCGUCGGUACCAAACAAGAUCUUAGAGAACAGGAAGAUGACAAAUCGGAAUAUAUUUCAUAUAUCAAAGCUAAAAAGUUAUCACGAAAAGUCCAUGCUGAUGCUUAUGUGGAGUGCUCCGCUUUAAUGGACGGUGGUCUUCAAGAAGUAUUCCGAUUGGCGGCUAUAUCAGCACUGGGUAUGCAUAAAAAGAGAACACUUUGGGGAAGCGUUAAGAAACUAUUCAAAUCUAACAAAUGUAUAAAAUGA